AUGUCAGAGAACGUGCUGAACAUGUCUGCGGCAUCUGAGUCGGAUGCCUUUCAGGCUCUGAUAUCCGGCUAUGCUUCAUCAUCAACUCAACUCCCAAUUGGAAGAUCCGUUUGGUGGGACGAAGCAAGAGUGGAGGCUACUGUCACAAAGGAUUUUGUCAUCUCGGCGCUCCGAGCGGAUGAAAAGGAAAUGCUGCAUCGGCCACUGGCAUUCGGGGAUGGAUUGACUGAUGAUACCUACCUCGACUGGAUUCUGGAAAAGGCCAAAAUAUUCUUUUUGAUUUUGCUCGACAUUGGAGUUCCCGAUCAGAUUUUUGGUAUUGUGGACGACGCCUGGGAUGAUGAUGAUCUACCAAUUCCAUAUGAAGCGGUCGAGCGUUUAGAGCUAUCCUGGUCAAAGAACGAAACUUUGGAUAGGAAGUUCUUCCACAGACAAUACAAUUAUCUUCUACGCCAGAUUCGGCAAGGCAUCCACAUUGACUAUACAGCAGAAGAGGUUGUACCGGUGCAGCCAUUGAGCAAGCGUUCGGCAAUAGCCAAUGCUCAAGGUUCAGAACGCGUCUGCCUCGCUGGCUGUGGGAGCACGCUCUAUAGUCGCAGGAAACUGCCCCUAGAUGAUCUCUCCAGCAAGAACCCACCUGAGCGGGAAUUCGCCUACGACGUGGAAACGCUCAAAACUCUGGAGCACGAGCAUAUCACCCCGGUUUGGGCAUCCUAUACGCUUGAAGGGUACGGCUACAUAUUGACAACGCACUUGAGUUCUCAAACACUCAAGCAGUUUGUCCAAAGCCCAGCUCCUCAGUUCAAAGCCUUAUCCAAACAAAAACGGAGAGAGACAUUGCUUGACUGGCUACAUUGCCUUGCAAGUACCUUGACCUUUCUUCAUGGCAAAGGCUAUCAUCACGGCGAUGUCCGUCCGUCUAAUAUUUCCGUGGACUCGACGAAUAAACUAGUCCUUUGCGACGUCGAGGCUCUAACGACGCUUCAAAUGGACAAACACGACAACGACUUGGAAGCCUAUGAAUAUGGAGCGCCGGAGCGCUGGGUGAAAGUUGCAACCGCCCAGGGCGCACUUCCUCUUCGGCACAGGCCAGGAGGGCGCCUUCACCGGACAGGGUCGUCAAGUUCGAAAAGCACGACACCGUCAAACCACAGCUCUUGGUCCUUCCAUAGCAAUCACGGUGAAAAAUCGCAGCCACAACUUUUCAUGGCACCUUGCGAAACGCCGUUUGACCCCUUCAAGGCAGACAUUUUCUCAUUAGGUUGUACCUUUUUGGAGAUAAUUGGACUUUUGCUGAAGCGCAAGCACAGCGCAUUCUCAGCGCACCGAGCUGCGAAAAACCGGACUGCUGGGAGAGGCGGCGCGCCCGCAGACGCAUCGUUCCACGCAAACCUCGGGCAGGUCAACACAUGGAUUGAUGGGCUGGAAUCAGAAGGUGCGAAAAAGAACGACUCGCUCUUCUAUGGAAUCCGUCCAAUUCUUGUUUUGAUACGGUGGAUGCUCUCACGCGAGCCGACGCAGAGGCCGUCGGCUACGCUCGUGGAAACAACCUUGUACAAUAUAUUAACAGUCACAUCUCGAAUGACUGAAUUGCAUUGCCCUCAUUCAGAUGAAAAUGACUUGGAGAGUAUUCGAGACAGUGUCGCUAUGAGGAGCUCUAUUCCUUCCGAGAUUGAGUCGCUGAAAUCAACACUGGCCGGAAUUAAGUUUCAUGCUUUGCCAGUCUCGUGA